AUGCCUUCUCUCCGCAACUUUCUUCUUUGCCUAAUGGCUACAUCUACAACCGUCUACGCUGAGCGCUUGAAGGUCGUCUGGUCAAACGGUGACUUUUCAACAGUCUCCGGUCCCGCCGGAGGCAAUACCAAUGGCCACUACACAGGCUUCGCGAUCCUGAAUGAGGCCGGUGAAGCUGUCUACGACCAGGCCUAUCCCGACGACCACUCCCCCUGUUACAACACCGGCGACGGCCGCGAGUUCACCAUCGAGGGAGACUGCUGGGCAACCCCACGCAAGUUUAAGUGCAAGUCAGACUUUGGUGGUCACCCUGACACCUGCGAAGUCAAGGACGGUGAUGGAAACAGUCUUGGUAGCGCCAAGGGACAGACGGAUACAACUUUCAUUGGUAUCGCUAUUGGUCAGGAUGCGAGCUGUGUCGUUGAAUUCGAUUCUGACAGUGAUGGCUGUCCUGUUGAUGACGGCAACGGUCCGCUGCACGUUACCUCGGGCUAA